UUAUUAUCCGCUCGCACCGACCGACCGGUCCCCGACAGAGCAACUCUCUCCUCGAGCCGCUCUUUCUUUCUUACUCUGUCUCUGUCCUCCUGCAUAUACAUUAUUCGGUACCGUGUACAGAUGUAGACGGUAACCGGAGCUCACAGUGGGAGACUCUGUUGUCGCGUUUGCGCCAUGGAGGACUGCUGUCCUCCGGAAAGCGAAAGGAUGGAAGCGUGGCUGGACGACCACUUGGAGUUCACCCACUCCUACUUUAUCAGGAAGGCGUCAAGAGGGGCUGCUAACUACAGUGCCCGAUGCGAAAAUGCUUAAAGGUGGAUGUCCCUCUCUAGAUCCAGUGUUUGGUUUUCCGUUCUGGGCUACUGUAGAAACAUGGCGGUGCAACAUGGCAAUCUCCGUAGACAAGGACCUGCUUCCUGUGUCGAUAUAAACGGUUCAUUCUAAGGGAAAUGGUGAAUGCCUGGUUUGCUGAACGCGUCCACACCAUCCAGCAAUCUGCCUCCAAAGAAAAUCCUCAACAGCAACGAGCUCACCAGUCCUCCUCAGACUCAGGCCCCCCCUCUGCCUUCACCAUCACCCCACCUACCCUCAACCUACUGGACAACCGUUGCCCAUCCCCGGCCACAGUCCCCAGCCCGGCUCCCGGCACCCCAACUCGCAAAAUCUCAGCAUCCGAGUUCGACCGCCCACUCAGACCCAUCGUGGUUAAAGACUCUGAAGGCUCUCUGACGUUUCUGAGCGACGCUGACCGUGAAACUGUCCCCCUACGGGGCUCAGUGAUGGGUGAAGGUGGUAUUGGUGGGGGAGGUAAUGGAGGUGGAUGCAGCGGGGCAGGUAGUGGAGGCAGGGGUGACCGCUGCGCCAGGCUGCUGGAGCUGGUGAAAGAUGUGUCGAGUCAUCUGGAUGUGACAGCACUCUGCCAUAAGAUCUUUCUCCACAUCAAUGAGCUGAUCUCUGCAGACCGCUACUCACUGUUCCUGGUGGGCGAGGACAGCUCCAACAGGAAGUUCUUGGUCAGCCGCCUGUUUGAUGUGGCGGAGGGAUCCACGCUGGAGGAGUCCUCCAGUAGUUGCAUCCGGCUGGAGUGGAACAAGGGCAUUGUGGGACAUGUAGCUGCCACAGGACAGCCACUCAAUAUCAAGAAUGCUUAUGAGGACCCCAGAUUCAAUGCUGAGGUGGACCAGAUCACAGGUUACAAAACCCAGAGUAUUCUUUGCCUUCCUAUCAAGAACCACAGAGACGAGGUAGUUGGAGUGGCUCAGGCUAUCAACAAAAAUGGGGAGGACGGUGCCUUCACUGAACAGGAUGAAAAUGACUUCUCAGCCUAUUUGGCCUUUUCAGGCAUUGUCCUACACAACGCUCAGCUGUAUGAGACAUCGCAGCUAGAAAACAGACGUAAUCAGGUAUUGCUGGACCUGGCCAGUCUAAUCUUUGAGGAGCAGCAGAGUCUGGAGGUUUUACUGAGGAAGAUCGCAGGAACCAUCCUGUCCUUCAUGCAGGCUCAGGCUUGUACCGUCUUCAUCGCUGACGACGACUCCAUGAACUCCUUCUCCAGUGUCUUUCACAUGGAAUACAAGGAGCUAGGUGAACUCCUAGAAGCCCCGAAAAGGGACUGUGAUGCCAGUGAGAUUAACUACAUGUACGCCCAGUAUGUUAAAAACACCAUGCAGCCUCUCAACAUUGCAGACAUCACAAAGGACCAACGCUUCCCCUGGACAAGUGAAAGCCCAGAUCACACCAGCCACCAGAUAAAGAGUUUGCUCUGCACUCCCAUCAGGAAUGGCAAGAAGGACAAAGUCAUAGGUGUAUGUCAGCUGGUGAAUAAGAUGGAUGAAGUAUCAGGUAGUAUGAAGGUGUUCAACAGGAAUGAUGAGCAGUUCCUGGAGGCAUUUGCCAUCUUUUGUGGCCUCGGCAUCCAGAACACACAGAUGUACGAAACAGUUGAGAGAGCCAUGGCCAAGCAAGAGGUCACACUGGAGGUCUUGUCGUAUCACGCCUCUGCCGCAGACGAAGAAUCACGGGAACUCCAGGUAACCGCGGUAGCCACAGUGCCGUCAGCCCAGUCUCUGCAUCUUCUGGACUUCAGCUUUAGUGACUUUGACUUGUCAGACACUGAAACUACGCUGGCUACUAUUCGCAUGUUUGUCGACCUCAACCUGGUCCAGAACUUCCAGAUGAAGUACACGAAUUUAUGCCAGUGGGUUCUGAGUGUAAAGAAGAACUACAGGAAGAAUGUGGCUUAUCACAACUGGAGACAUGCCUUCAACACUGCACAGAGCAUGUUCUCCCUCCUCAAGUCAGGGCGCUUACAGAAUAACCUUAGUGAUCUGGAGAUCUUGGCUCUGAUGAUUGCAACUCUCUGCCACGAUCUGGACCACAGAGGAGUCAACAACUCCUACAUACAGAGGAGCGACCACCCACUGGCCCAGCUCUACUGCCACUCCACCAUGGAGCAUCACCACUUUGACCAGUGCCUCAUGAUCCUCAACAGCUCUGGAAACCAGAUCCUGAGCGGUCUCUCCCUAGACGAGUACAGGGCCACUCUGAAGAUGAUUGAGAGGGCUAUUCUGGCCACUGACCUGGCCCUGUACAUGAAUGAAUGUUUGUGUGUGGGUGUGUGUGUGUGUGUGUGUGUUGUCAGGAGGCGUGGCGAGUUCUUUGAGCUCACCAAGAACAGCCAGUUUGUUUGGGAGGAUGAACAUCACAGAGACUUGCUGAGGUCAAUGCUGAUGACUGCAUGUGACAUCUCAGCCAUCACUAAGCCCUGGCCGGUGCAAAAAAGGAUUGCGGAGCUGAUCGCCACUGAGUUCUUUGAACAGGGGGAUAAGGAGAGACGAGAGCUGAACAUUGAGCCCAGUGACCUGAUGAAUCGUGACAAAAGAGAUAAGAUUCCCAGUAUGCAGGUGUCCUUCAUUGAUGCCAUCUGCACUCAGUUAUAUGAGACUUUGGCAGGCAUGUCAGAGUAUUGCUCCCCAUUGUUGGAAGGAUGUCAGAAGAACCGGCAGCAUUGGAGGCGUUUGGCAGAGGAGUGUGAGAAGGGGCUGGUCAACGGCUUGGUGUGAUCCCAACACCAGUUUGGUUUUCAACCAACACAGAUUUCCAGGGUUAGCCCUGUACAACCCAGUCUCUCAAAAUUUCAUGAAAUUAGCAUGAUAUCUAAAAGGACAAAUAAGAUGCUUUGUGCUUGGCAAGUGCCCAAAAAUAUAAUUUUCCCAAGAUUAUAUAGUGAAAAAAACAUUAGAUUUGGUUUGACAGUGAAAGGGCGGAUACACUGGCCUUUAAAUUUAGCAACCAUAAAGCAGGUUUGGGUCAAGAGUUUUUUUCUAAAACAUUAAAAAAAUAUUCCAGUUUAUUGCAACUUUGGUCUCAUUUUGGUAGGUUGGUCCAUCCUUUCUUUCUGCAAUGAUAAGAUUGUACUCACUAAGUUCAUAACUCAGAUCUGGGAAUCACUAAAGAAGACUAAGAGCCUUGCUAGCAGUCGGGCUUUACUUAGAGACAGCUAAGUCUCUAAGUUGAAAUGCUUACAUAUGCAUGGUAGCAGGUUAACAAGAACAGUGUUAGCAUGCUGAUGUUUGGAGCAGUGAUACUGCCAGGGUCCUACAAGAAGUUUCAGUGGGUCCACAAAAAAUAGAGAAUGGUUUGUUUUCACUAUUUAAUUCACUAUAGAAGAGAGCCUAGUGUGAGUAAGAGUCACAAGAGUGACUGUAGUUGAUAACUAAAUUCUAAGCAGAAUCAUGUCUAAUAACUAAAAUCUUCUUAGAUCGUCUGUGAAGUGAAACUUAUCACAAAGGUCUGUGACCUAAUGUGUAUCACUUUAGGGGUCCUUGAAAAAAGGUUGAGAACCACAGGUUUAUGGUACUGUAUAAUGUUUCCCAUGUUCUUAGUUGGAAUGUCAUUUGCUUUGCAAGAAUUUUCAUUACCCAAAGUAUCAAUUCAGGAAUGGGAUCACCAAGGUCAUUACAAUGAGUCCUCUGGGAACUAGGACCCAACCAACAAUUCUAUGUGGGGCCCAAAUGGGUCAUAAAUAAACAGAAAAAUGGGCCCUAUAUGGGAUUGUCCACAGGUUCCGUAUUGGCCCUAUGUCAGUUGCCCACAUGGGUGGGUUUACCCAAGUGAUAAGAUGCCCACUUUGGGACCAUAUCCACUUCGUACCAAGGUAGCCCUAGCAUAACUGAUGUGGGGCCCACUUGAUUCAGCCCAACCAUGUGGGCAACUGGCAUGGGGCCAUUAUGGAAACCAUGGACAAUUCCAUAUAGGGCCCAUUUUUAGCCCAUUUACUAUUCACAUGAGCCUGACAUACAAAUGUUGGCUGGGGAAGGAUUGUACAAGUUUCAUGGCGAUCCAUCAAGUAGAUAUUGAGAUAUGCCAGUCAGGACCAAAGGGUAGACCAACUAACAGAACGGCAGGCCAUGCUGCUAGCAUGGCUAAAAAGAUCAUCAAAAGUGGUGCAGUCAGUUAGAGUACUUUUGCAAAAAAAUGAAAACACCUUUGCAAUUCCUUCAUUCAGUACCAUCAUUGCAUAGCCUAGUCCUGUAACUCUAGAGGCUAACAACAGGAAUGACAGACCAAAGUGCGCCCUCCUCUGACUCGCCUGAUGUAAUGGUUGUUAACAAGUUUAACAACAGAGACGAGCUGUUUCACUGUCAGCGUUAGUUUGUUGGGAUGUUUAGCAGCUCAGUGUUGGAUGUUAGCCACUGCUGCUGUGUUAGCUCGUGCCAACCAGGAAGACUUUGAACUUCGUGUUGCUGAGUGAGCAACAGCUCAGAAGACAACGGCAGCAGAGAGUUUGUUAGGACUGUUUAACGGCCGGGUGUUGGAUGUUAACUGCUGCUGCGUUAGCUUGUGCUUACUGGGCAGACUUUGAACCGACCAUUCGCUGAGAAGAGUGACUCCAAAAACACAGCGACAGAAAGUAUGCUUAUUUGGUGGGGAGUUGGGACAGUGUGGGAUCAGAUCCCCAGCACAUAAAGGACCAAAUAGAAGUAUCAUUUGAAGUUUUGACACUACUUGGUACUGGGUUAUUUAGGUCGUACCACUGCCCAGCCCUAAUGCAGUACAGUUUAAUCGCUCCCUAUCACAUCUCAGUUUGCAUUUCAUUGUGACAUUCCUGUACUUUUCACCCACAUAUUCAAGUGCUUCCACAUCAUAAAGGCUGUUUCUGCCAUCUUACCAGCUGAACCUCAAAUGUACACUUCACAACUGCAGGAUUGGAUACUUUCCACUAGAACACAGCUAACCACAGAGACAUAGUAGUAGAAGCAUAGAUUUUAAUAAUGUGUAGAUACCGGAUGGCAAAAUGGUAUCAACUCAUUCCAGUGGAGUUUUUUGUCUGGAGCAUAUGCCAAAAAAAAAUGUGAAUAUGCACAGUAGUGUUAUCCGCUGGCUCCUCCCACAAGUUCCUGUGCAGCUCAUCAUUGUGAUGACAUCACAGGCUUUUUUUCUCAGCUUGAGGAAAGUUUUACAAAUAUUAAACCUCCAUGGAUCAGAAAUUCGUAACAGAAAGAGUUAUAAUUGACCUUGUUUGCAGUUUGAGGUGUCCUGUCAACGGUUUUAGAGACAUCUCUUUGACAAUGGUGGUCUACGGAGAAAAUGCCUUUUUGGGCGCAGGGCAUUUUUCACUGCAGUACCGUGAGUGGCCACCAGGAAAAAGUUGCUGCAAGGCUGAGCAGCAUUCCUGUGGGCCUGAGUAGAAGUAGUAGCUACUUUGCAACACUUUACCCCUGACAUCAUUAUUAUCAUCAUUUCUCUUUGCACUGUGAUCACUUUGGAUUUUUUUCUCCAAGUAAAGUGGAUUUAUAAAAUCUUUAGCCAGAUUUUAUAAAUCUAAAAAAUGGCUCGUCUAAUAGCUCAUUUCUUGCCCUGCUGGACUGCGUUGGAGCAAUGUAACUAUGUUCCCAGAUCUCAGCAAUAACUUCAGUGAGUACAAAUCAUAACAGUUAAAACGUUUGCCUAAAUCUAAUUAUCAUAUCUUCUACCAUAAACACGUUCAUUAAAAAAAUCAUUGUUUGCUAACUCCCAUGACAAACGGUCAUUACAAAGGUGAUAAUGAUGUGCGUGUUCAUAACCCAUAUUUCCGAGGUCAUGCUCAUUUCACCAAGCUUUGUGAGACUUGUCCUCCUGUCAUCACCAUUCUUUCAUGGCUGUCUUUCACCAGAGAAAAUAACAGAGUCAGCACUAAGCUAUAUUUAUUACAAUAGUCAUUUUUUUGUUUUUGCACAGAGUGGCUUUCAUCUUGAAGUCUCACUUACAUUAUCUCUCACAGGUAGUAACAUUUAGGGGAACACUGAAUGAUGAGACAUAGAUCCCUGGGGAUCAGCACCAGUACAGUGGUAAACAGAUACUGUACUUAUAAUAUGUUUUACAUAAUGUCACAAUUAUCUGAUACAUUCAUACAAGGAGGGUUAGGGCCAAAGAAAAAAAAGUCUUAGAUUUUGAGAAUAGAGUCGCAAAUCUACAAGAACAAAUUCAUAUAUCUAGAGAAAAAAUAGUCACAGUUUAAAACCAGAAAAUCAGGUAACAUGAUAUAAAAAGCAACAAAGUGUGUACAAACAGUGUUAAGGGUGACAGUAAUAUAUAUUUUAGCAGUACCAAAGUAAUAUAACACGUUGCCAACAAGAUUUCAGGUGAUAUUGUUACAUUUACAAUGUAAUGUAAUGCAUUACCACCCAAAAACUGUUUAUUUUUGUAAUCAUUUUUCAUUUAACCAGUGUGAUUACGAGCUUAGUCUUGUAACAUUUAAACUUUAUUCUCAUAGAUUUACGACCUUAUUCUCGUAGAUUCACUACUAAUUCUUGUAGAUGUACAACUUUGAUCUUGUAAUAUUAUGACUUUAUUCUUGUAGAUUUGUUACUUUAUUCUCAUAACAUUAUGACUUUAUUCUCAUAGAUUUACGACUUUAUUGUAGAUUUCUGACUUUAUUCUCUUAAUAUUAUGGUUUUAUUCUUGUAGAUGUAUGACUUUAUUCUCGAAAUCUAAGAUUUUUUUUCAACAUCGAGCUAAUUGUCCUUUGUAGUGAUAAGCUUGUUAAAUGUCUUCUUUCACAGCACACACAGCACACACACACUACAAGGGUUUGAGUCUUUUGUAACAUUUUUUUUUCCCACUCAUUGUCUUAACUAUUGUAUAUUUAUUUAUGUUUUAUAUAUUUAUUAGAAUUUCUAUAUUGUAAGGUCAUCCUUUUGUCAAGAGCACACAAUUCUCUAUAUAGGAAAUGUAGUUUUCAUACUUAAAAAAUAUCCUAUCUCUGCUUUUUUGAAGGAGCUUUCUUAGGAACAAAUCUUUUAGAUGACAUUUGUACUGUAAUGUGUUGUUUGAAAUUUAGAUUUUAUUUUCUUCUUUUCAAAAUGUAAGAAAGCCAAAGACUAGGCCUGCGAUUUCAAUGGGAAAUGGGUCUAACUUUUUCCACUGCCUUGUUGUGAUAAAAUAGGACCAAUUCACAAUUAAAAAAUGUUUGUAUUUGUUCACAUCUUUCUGCACCCUUUGAUAUUUUCCCACUGUAAGUGGCUGUUUUUAAUGUCCCACUUUUUAUAAACUGAAUGAAAGAAAUAACUGAACCUUUCUGAAAACCACAGGGGUGUAUAAAGCAGUUCCCCCAGCAUUUUGCAGGCUUUUUUCAAGAUUGUUGUGGCCUAAAAUGCCUGAUUUUGCGGCAGCUUUUCUAAAAAAUUGGGAUGAAAGUUGCAAUUUUUUAAGUAUAUUUGUUGCAAUGAAAGUGCGGGAGACAGUGAAAAGUGCAAAAAAAAAAAAUUGCUUUUUUUUUUUUUUUUU